AAACACGAGACAGAAUCUAGCUGUCCGAAGGAAGCUUUGCUAUAUCUUUGUCCAGUUUUACGGGUCCUCAUUUAGAUUAUUUUACCAAACCCCCAACUUCCACAACAGUUUUCUUCAAUUAGAUCUAAAUCUUUUUCUCAUUGGUGAUCUAAUCUUUGGCUGAAAAUUUUGUGAAGAUGAGUGAGGUUUUCGAAGGUUAUGAACGACAGUACUGCGAACUCUCUGCCAAUCUUUCCCGAAAAUGCAAUUCUGCUUCUGCUAUUACAGAUUCAGAACAGAAGAAACAGAAGUUUUCGGAGAUCAAUUCUGGGAUCGAUGAGGCUGAUGUCCUGAUUCGGAAAAUGGACCUGGAAGCGAGGAGUUUGCAACCAGGGGUUAAGGCUUCACUUCUUGCUAAAUUAAGGGAAUACAAAGCUGAUCUGAACAAAUUGAAGAAGGAAUUCAAGAGAAUUUCUUCACCCAAUGCUCAUGAUGAGUUGUUAGAAUCAGGGAUUGCUGAUAUACACUCGGUUUCUGCUGAGCAAAGGGAUCGAUUGUCAAUGUCAGUGGAGAGACUAAAUCAGUCAAGUGAGAGAAUUAAGGAGAGUAGAAGAACUGUUCUGGAAACAGAAGAGCUCGGUAUUUCGAUACUUGAAGAUUUGCAUCAACAGCGACAAACUCUUUUACAUGCCCAUAACAAGCUUUAUGAUGUGGAUAGCGCCAUUGACAAGAGCAAGAAAGUUUUAACAACCAUGUCGAGAAGGAUUACCAAGAACAAAUGGAUCGUUAUCUCGAUAAUCGUAGCACUUGUCCUUGCAAUCAUCUUAAUCCUGUAUUACAAGAUUUCACAUGGCUGAUGAAAUCUUUUGAACCAUUAAUGGUCUGCAGUUUGUAUAUGUUGAUUCGCAUUUGAUACUUCCAUCUUUAAAUAAUGGUUUAACACUUUGAACUGAUAUAUGUUAUAUGUAUAUUUGCUCUUUACGUUUCUGUUUGUUUUAUGUUGUAAAUACAUCAAGUGAAACUGUUGUUUGCAUUUA